AUGAUUCUUUUCUAUUUUUUGGCAGGUAAAUCGGAGUUACGGAAGUCCCAAAUGCAGUUUUUUUUCAGUUUUUCUGCCAAUUGUGGGCUCGCGGGAGCUUAUGAUUCAGAGAGCUUGUAAGAUUAAUCCAGAGCUUUCGUUUUGCAGACCCCGUGAGUUUCUUCCGAACAUCUCAUGACCUGAAAUUCUAAUUAAGACAUUACAACGGCAAAGAUCCGAAGUGAAAGCGAGAAAAAACACGACAUAUUUCUGCGAUGGGCGUUUGUAGCAGCCAAAGACGCACAGGACAUCGAGGAAAGCGUCGACACGGAAGAAUUGGAAACGACGAGAAAGACGACGUACAGUGUGGAGGAUUAUUGUACAAAGUACAAGGCAAACUUCGAAGCUUACUGUUCUAGUGGAAGUUUUGAAAAGCUCGAAGGGCUUCUCGCUCAGUUCUGUGCCAGCUACACGAAAAACUGUGGGAAUGUGGCUGGGAAGAUUGCAAAAGUUGAGGAGUGAGUUGCAGUUCUUGAAAGUGCUCGCCAAAUGAAAGUUCAGAGUGUUCCCAACUCCUCAGCCGUUUCUCUCUUCCACGACUACACUAGAAGCGCCAAAACCAGUAACUGAUUUUUGCGACGAAAACGCGGAAAAGAACAAAAGUGAAUGUGAAAAAGAGGGCUUCACACCCGAUUCGUUCUGCGAAAACUACAAAAAGCAAUGCGCGAAAGUGGAGAAAGUGGACGAUGAAACAGGAAAAGAUGAGGAGGACGAUCUGUGAGUCACACGUUCUGAAACGCAGCAAAGUAUAAGCGAUUUUUCAGAGAAACUCCAGAAGAGUUUGAAAUGAACCAAAAAGUUGAGCACAAAGAGGAGAAGGCUGAAGUGGCAGAGGGACAAGGAGCGAGUAACGAUGAAGUGACCGCUUACUGCACCAACUACAUCGAAAACUACAAUUUCUAUUGUGUUGGUGACAUGUCUCCGGAACACGAAAAGUUCUGUAACUCUUAUAAGAAGAACUGUCCGGAUAGAGUACCGUAAGUUUAGGUCUAAUUGCGGAGCUGCUUUCUUUAUUUAUAAAAAUUUCCUCGUUUCUCUUUUUUGGUUCAUACAUAUACUUCAGUUAUGCCUAUUGAUAUUGUUCGUGCACAUUUUGUUAAAUGCAUAGCUUCCACUUUUCGUUUCAGAUGCGUGGCAUGUUGGUUCUUCUGGCUUCAUGCCAAGCUUACAGAUUGAAACAGUCGGGCUCAUUUUUGGGAAGCGACGGCAGCAAUUCGGGGGGAUCGGAGAGCAGUACUGCCGCCGGUUCUGAUGACAAGACGUACUUGUACAAAGGGUCGAAGAAGGAGUACUGCCAGAAGUUCAGUGUGAACUUUGAGUACUAUUGCAAGUGAGCGACAGAUUCUUUAUGUAGUCCAUGCUGAUCUUCUUUACCAGAGGAACGAUAGAGAAUGUGGAAAUCUUCACAAAGUUCUGCCCGUCCUACAAAAGAGCUUGUCUCGGCGGGUAAGAGCUUUUCCGUUGUAUCCAGCGAAUCUUUGUUGAAUUUAGUGCGCCCGCCAACCCAUUCACAGCUUCUAAAGCACCGAAAAAACAAGAAGAAGCUGGAGAUUCGGAUUUUCCAGACAUUGAACAUCCGGUACGUUCACGUUAGCCUAUACGACAGACUAGACGUUAGUACAGAAGAUUUUUUCAGACAGAAACUUCUAGAAGCUCUAACGCCAGACGGAGCAAGAAAGUGAAAAAAAGACCGUGCACUGCGGAUUGUGAUCAACGAAUCUACCCGCACUGCACGAAAGAGUGCAAGUGCGACUAUGACUACCCGGCAGUUCAAAAGUUCUGCAACCCGCCGCCGUUGCCACUCUUCCUGAACACGUGUCGUCUCUGGUAUAACGGAUGUCCAAAGUACGAGCAAUAUCACUACGCAUCUCAAUUCAUCUACUCGAAAGCGGAGAAAGGAAAAGUGUUAGAAGGACCGAAGACUCAGACGACGUUCCAGUUGCUCACGCCGUCCGGCGAGACACUGCCCUACAAACCUGCAAGGGUUAAAAGAGAUUCUGACUUGGUUUACUGGCCUGAAAAUGGAAACUCAAUUGAUGAUUUGGAUGCCGAGGCCGGGAAUUCUACUGUUCAUUCUAAUGUCAUCGCUGGAGGAGGAGACAGAAUUGUGAAGUCUAAAAAUGGAACUCUCGUGCAUCUGGUUGCUGCUCCACCGUUGCCAAAGCAGAGAAAUGCAAAGUAAGUGCCAAAGCGCUAGCUGUUUUAAAAAAACAUUCAGAGACCAAGUGCUCAAAGAUGAUAACGCAAGUGUCCCCAACUUGCCACGUGUCAAAAAGACUACCGGCGGAGAGUCCGUACCAGUUUACUCGGACAGUGUCUUCUCGAACGCUCUUCAGCAAUACAACUCGCUCACCGACUCGCGAGGAAUUCUCCACCGCCCACGCAGCAGAUCCCCGUUCACAAAGCCCGGACUAUGGGAGCCAAAUCCGGAUGAUCCGCACAACAGAGAUCACGCCAACAAAUACUAUUAUCGGCCGCAAUCGGUGAGUGUCGAUUGGCUCCAAGGACAACUAGCCUGGGGAGCACAUUGGGCAGUCCCGGCAGCCGGAACUGGUGGGACCGAUGGAUUCAGUGCCGUGCACUUCCCAUCCAUCGGAACUUUCCUCAACAUUCCAGACGAUUACGAUUAG